AAAUCAUGUUGUAGAGUGAGGGCGAGAAAGGGAGAAAGAGAAUGACCAGAGAAAAAGGUGGAAAGGGAAGGAAUUAUUGGCGAAGACGGACUACCGAAGAAUAGCGAAGUGCCGCCUAAAGAGAGUGCGGACCGUAACCCGAGUGAGAGUCAGGCGUAGUCCUCUUCUGUGUUGCCUCUUCCUCACCUCCGAGGUGAAUUUCUUUGAGAUCUAAAGCGAGAGAGAUCGAGGUAUCUCAACUUCUUCCCCGUUGCUCCUGCCUCCUGCCUCCUUUAGUCGAUCGCAGGGCUUGCACGGCGGGAAGAAGAAGAAGCGUUGUCGAUCUCAAAUCGUUGUAGAUCGGACGCAAAGGAAGGUGCUGAAGUAGGGCUUGCUUUGCCCUAAGGUCGAGGGAGGGAGAACUUAAGCACUGGAAUUGGGCUGCGAUUGUUUUUCAACUGGUGCAUUUGGUUGACGCAGCAAUGGCGAGCGAGGAACCAUUAGACCGAGAUGCGCUGUUUAGAAAGCUCAGAGCUAAGUCAGAGAACAAGAUGUUUUUCGAUCGCGAAACAUCACAAGGAGCGGUUGCAUCGAAGUUUUUGUGUGAGUAACUUGGCGGAGUCCAUCGCGUGCACUCGCAGGCAGCUUGUGAGUGUUGAAACUCAGAGGCUCAUACAUGCGGUUGCACAAUUCUCUCUUUACGAACUUGCUCGGAGAAACCAUUCUCCGAGCAAUCCGGGGUUCAUCGUCAGCCAUUAUUUUGUACCCCUAGUCCGCCUAAGUUUCAGUCUACCAAUUAUUGUUUCGAAAAUGGAGAGCAACGAACAAAGAAGAAGAGGAGCAUGGGAUCGUAAGAUGCAAAGCAGCGCUGAGUGUCGACGAUUGUGGACUUUGGUGAAUGCUUAUCGGCGCCUUCCUCGCUUAAUGCCUCUAUUACUCCUGAAUGUCGCUGGUUUCUAUACUGGUCUUGUCACUGCUGCUGUACUGGAGCAGUUGUACAAGGAAAAUUAUUGGGAGUCGCAUCCAGGACAUGCUGUACCUGUCAUGCAUCCCCUACUGUACUUCGGUCCCUACAAGGUUCUCCGAGAAGAUUUUUCAGAAGAGGGAUCCGGUUGAGGAAUUAAGUAAUAAUUUUGCCUAGAGGAAUUAUAUGCAUCUACUGCAAGGUUUGUUUAUAAGGCCUUGCGUUCAUGUGAUCAGAGGGAUGUUACCUCCAAAUUGUUGGUACUAUCAACUAUUUCAGAUCCGUUUGACAAUGGUUAGAGGAAAACAAGAACAAUAGAAAAUCCUGAAAUUCUUGAAACAUUGUGUACAACUGAUGUAAUGUAGAUAAUGGAGUUGGAAUGCUCAUGCUAAUGCUAAUAAAGUAAAAGAGCUGACGUCAAACGUGGAGAUGAAGAACCAAGAGGUCAAGAUGGAGAAUGAAUGACUUAGACUUUUUUGUUUGUUGGUGGAACUGCAAGUGCUUGAGGGGCUACAUGUAUAUACAACUUCAGUAGACAAU